UGACAAACAAAAUGGACUCUAAUCCCGAAGACUUGUUUCUGUGGUGGGGAAGCGGGAGUCCUCCUUGUUGGAGGGCUAUGAUAGUUUUAGAGGAGAAAGGCCUGAAGUAUGGAAGCAAGCUCUUAUCAUUUGCCAAGAAGGAACACAAGUCGCCAGAUGUCUUGAAGUAUAAUCCAAGGGGACAGGUAUGCAUGACCUUGCCUAAACAUCGAUGAAACUUUCAAGUCCAAGGGCAACAAGUUGGUUCCAGAUGAUAAGGCUGAAAAGGCUCUUGUGCUACAAAGACAGCACGAGGCAGCUCUUCUUCAUAAGAAAGGGGUUGAAGAUGUUGUGUUUGUUAUGUUCAGCUCAACACCUGAUAAACUUGACAAGGAGAGGCUUAAGAAGAACAAAGCAUCUCUGUCUGAUGAACUAACAAUAUGGGAUGGAUAUGUUAAGCAGACUGGAGCCUAUGUUGCCGGGAAGAGGUUUACAAUGGCAGAUGCGAUGUUUUUCCCAUCAUUUGCAUUCCUUGUACGUAUGGGACUAAAGCUUAACCCAAAAUACCCCCAUCUCGCUCGUUACUAUGACGACACGAGAAAUCGUGAAUCCGUGAAGAAAACAUGGCCACCACAUUGGAAGGGGUCGGAGGGUAAAGAUAUAUUGAAGGAUGUAUAAUUAGCUAGAACUGCAGUCAUUUACUGCAUAUUCACUGUUCAAUAGAGAUCUUGGAAUGUCAGCAUAGAUGUUUUAUAUAAUAGACUAUUACAUGUAUUUUAUGUAUUAUCAAUCUAUCCGUUUCCGAUGCCUGUACAAUCAUGUUGCACAGAGUAAUUAAUUUAAUGCAAACAUAGCUAUUUAUAUUGAUAUAUAUUUUUAAACCCGAAUGAUCUAGUAAAUAAAGUAUAUAAAAUUAUAA